AUGCCUACGAUUCUCGGAAAGCAAGUCGGCUCUACCGGCUACGGAACCAUGCGAAUGACAUGGAACCCGUCCCCGCCCUCCAAAGAAACCUGCUUCGAAACUCUCAACACCGCCCUCGAGCUCGGCGCCAACUUUUGGAAUGGCGGCGAAAUCUACGGAACAUCGAAAUACAACUCCUGCCACUUGCUCCAAGCGUACUUCGAGAAAUAUCCUCAAAACGCGGAUAAGGUCGUGCUUAGCAUCAAGGGUGGCACCGUCAAAGAUGGGUUGCAGCCAGAUGGCUCCGAGGAGAAUAUUCGUCGCAGUGUGGAUGAUUGUUUGAAGGUUCUGAAGGGCACGAAGAAGAUUGAUAUUUUUGAGUGUGCACGUCAGGACCCGAAUACUACGGUCGAGCAGACGGUUACGAUUCUUGCCAAGUUGGUCGAGGAGGGGAAGAUUGGUGGUAUUGGUCUUAGUGAGGUUGAUGCUGAGACUAUCCGACGAGCACACAAGGUCCAUCCCAUCGCCGCAGUAGAGGUAGAGCUCUCCCUCUGGUCACUAGACAUCCUCGAAAACGACGUCGCCAAAACCUGCGCCGAACUCGACAUCCCCGUUAUCGCAUACUCCCCCCUCGGCCGAGGCGCAUUUACAGGCGAAAUCGCCAAAUUUACAGAUAUCCCCGAGGGUGAUUUCCGGCGGCACGUCCCCAAGUUUCAGGAUGGCAACUACGAGCACAAUCUGAAAUUGAUUCAGGAGGUUGUCAGUUUGGCCAAGAGGAAAUAUGUGGCUCCGGCACAGAUUGCGUUGGCUUGGGUGAGGAGUUUGAGUAAUAAACCCGGUCUACCUACCAUCAUCCCGAUUCCAGGUGGGACGACCAAGGAUAAGGUUGCUCAGAAUCUGCAGGGUGUUGAGACGCUGACGGAUGAGGAGGUGGCGGAGAUUGACGCGUUGUUGAAGAAGUAUGAGGUCAAGGGAACUCGCUAUUAA